AUCCCUCUCUCCCCUAGGGUUUUUCGUCGUCCUUCCGAUACCAAAUUCAUCGGAAAUUUAGGGCUUUUUUCCUCUUCUUAUUGUUCCCCUAAUCAGGAUGAAGCUGAGCCAGAAAUUAAAGAAGACUUGUCCAUCAGCUAAGCUGAUUCUGCAAGAGAUCAUCGGUUUGACCACAAAGAACGCCAAUGGUUUGGCGUCGGUGUCCUGCAGCUCGAGAUGUUUUUACUUGGCGGGAUGCGUUGUGGUGCUCUAUGAUGUAGAUUCGUGCACUCAAUCGCAGCUUGUCGUAGCUCACCGGACGCCUAAGCCUCUGACCUGUGUGGCCGUUUCGCAGAAUGGGCGGUUCGUAGCUGCUGGAGAGUCUCCGAAUCUCUCUGCGGUCUUGAUAUGGGACUGUGAGACAUUGGGACUUGUGUCGGAGUUAAAAGGCCACCUUUAUGGAGCUCAAUGUCUUUCCUUUUCACCAAAUGGGGAAUACCUGGUUAGUGUUGGAGGAUACAUAUAUCUUUGGGACUGGCGCAGAAGCAUCUUACUGGCGAAGGUCAAAGCGAGUUCUGAAAUUACGUCUGUGGCAUUCUCAUCCAAUGGAAAAUUCAUUGUUACUUCCGGAAAAAAGCAUUUGAAGUUCUGGACAGUUGGUUCUUUUCAGAGGACACGUUCAAGCAAAGUAGGAUCUCUGGCAUUUCAUGGAAAGCCAACUGAUAAUUUUCUUCAAAAAGGAAACUCAUUUGUAUCAGUCAUAUCAGCCAACACAGUGAACUCCAGUGGAAGUCACGAACGAGCUGAAGAAUCUAUCUCAAUAUACGCUCUUACAGAUGCAGGGGUUCUGCUUCUCAUGAGUUGUGGGAUGUCAAUCAAGAAAUCAGUUGAUCUGAAGGUUGAAAAAUGCUUUGCUCUAUCUGCAUCUAGUCGAUUGAUAGCCUGCGCUUGCAGCAAGGGAGCGAUCCAACUAUUUACUCCUGAAACUUUAGAAUAUGCUGGCACGAUACACUUUUCAGAUGCUAGAAAGAGCGACACUGAAAAUCAUUCUAAUUCAACAGAACUAAAAAAUAUAGAAUCUCAGUCUGUUAUCUUUCCGGACGCAGUUGCUUGCCAGUUUUCGACCACAGAUAAGCUCGUUGUCAUCUAUGGGGAUCAUAGUCUCUAUGUUUGGGAUGUGAAUGAUGUGAACAAGCCUACUAGGUGCUCUAUGAUGAUAUCACAUUCCGCCAGCAUUUGGGAUAUAAAAAAUCUCUCUUGUGGAAAUAUGCACAGUCCUACAGCUGCAUGUGUAGCUAGAGGAUGCUGUGAAGGGGUUUCCUUCACUACUUGUUCUGAAGAUGGAACCAUACGGUUGUGGGAUCUUGCUCUUCAACUGGAUCCUUUAGAAGCCAAUGCAAGCAGCAAUUCGUCAGAAUCUGGGACUAUGCAUUUAGCUAGCGCUGGAAUAUUUGAACGCGAUCUCGUUGAGACAUCUAGUACCAAAUUUGGUUUCCGAGCACUGGCAGUAAGUGAAGAUGGAAAGUACUUAGCAGCUGGUGACUGUGGAGGGAACCUUCAUAUAUAUGAUCUACAAAAAUCAGAGUAUACAUGCUUUACGGAUGCUCAUGAUGCAGAAAUUCAGUCACUGAGCUUCAGCUCUCCUGGACUCAAAGAUGUUGAUUCUGAAAACGCCUCAAGCAGCGAUUUCUUGCUAGCUUCUGGUGGAAAGGGCCGAGCGAUCCACAUUUAUGAUGUCGAAAGGAACUUUGAUCCCGUUGGGAGUGUUUGUGGUUCAGCUGCUGUAACUUCUGUUACAUUCGCAUGUAAUGGCCGGAAAAUUUUAACGUCGGGUGCAGAUAGUUUGCAGUUGUUUGACGUUGUCAGAAAAGCAAGUAGCGUGCGUCUUUCACCUUCUCAUCCUCAAACUCUAUCUCAUGGAACCAUCUAUGAUAUGGCGGUAGAUCCAACAUCAGGACUUGUUGUCACAAUGGGACAGGAUAAGAAGUUAAACAUAUUCGACAUAGAAAGUGGAAAGCUUGUCAGAUCAUUCAAGCAAGACAGAGACCAUGGAGAUCCCAUAAAGGUCAUUUUGGACCCAAGCUGCAGCUACUUGGCAUGCUCCUACUCUGACAAGACAGUCUGCUUUUUGGACUUUGUCACAGGAGAGUUGGUUGCUCAGGCCACAGGACAUGGUGAAGCUGUGAAUGGUGUUAUUUUCCUACCUGAUUGCAAACAUAUCAUUUCAGUUUCAGGUGAUGGCUGUAUUUUUGUUUGGAAACUGCCUUUGCGAAUGGUUACUCGUAUGAUACGGGCAGUAAAUGAAAAUGGCAGAUUAGCUCCUGUAACUGUGGCUCAACCCGCAACGUUUAUGCAAAUUGUGGGUUAUUUGGAUGAAGACAAUCCAAAUGAUGCACCCUAUUCUGCAAAAUAUAAGCUAGUAGAAGAGAACGCAGAUCAGAUGCAGCAACGCUCUCCAUGGACAUCUUCAUUUAAGUUCAGCGUUUCUCGGCUUCCUAAAUGGGCUCAAUCUAAAGUGGAAACAUAUGGCAUUGCUACCACUUGUGAGGAUUCCAUUUCAAACCAGGAACAGGAACAUGAAGAUAAAGUUCUAGUGAAUGCUGUUGAAAGUCCUGAAGAAUGCUCUUCUGUGAAUCUUGAAUGCCAAACCCCCAAACAAGGUUCAAGAACCGAAAAGUCAUGCCAUGGAAGCCUGUCCAAAACCUCCAGCGACUCUGGAACUACAAGGCUUCAAGAAGAUGCUCCUAGCCAUAGGAAGGAAACGCGCUGGAACACUAUCUACAACGUUUGUUUGGAUCUUCUAAAUUCUCCAAACAUCCAAACAACUUUCUUUAAACAGCAGAAACCAGAAAAUAUCUGCACCAAACGUUCUGCCGAACAGGGCGACAUGCUCAAGCUGUUUGAUAACAGUUUGUCCAUUAUAGACGAGAUGGAGACCGAGAAAACAUCGCAGCAAAGAAGAUAUUCUACCCAAUUUGUGCUUAGAAGGGACUACAUCGGUGGAGCCAAACAAUGUGUACGUACACCCUCCCAGAAAUCAGGGUACAAUACUUUGAGGCCGAUCCAAGAACAUUUCCCUCUUGACACGGUGAAUGAUCCAUCUUCCCAAGAACAUACUGAACAGGACAAGACCUCUUCAGAAGUAUUCCAUGAUACACUUGCAGACGAUUCACUUCAAGAAAGAAUAACUUAUUGCCGUCAAGCACUGCACGGUUUGAACGCUGCUGCAGCGGUUUUCGUCCAGGCGAUGUCGGAAUUAUCUACAGCUUCUCCCCGAGAUCAAAUCUCAGGUGAACUCAGAGCCCAGUUGUUCGAUGAAGCAGCUUUGAUGGUCCCAGAAAUGUCUCGGAAAGUUAAUGAAGUUGUUGCCAAAAUGAUGCUUGAGCACAAAAAUCGAAAACAAGCGAUGGGUAUUUUGUCUCCGAUUAGUUUAAGUCAGCAGUAGAAUUUCAGUAUA